GCUGCGUGCCGGGUGACGCCAUGCCGCCGCCGCCGCCGCCGCCGCCACCGCCCCCCCCAGUGGGCGGGGCCACGUUCGUCGCUACGCCAAGCCGCUGUCCCAGCGGGCGGAGCCCGUGCCGGGUGACGCAAUGCCGCCGUCCCAGUGGGCGGGGUGUCGCUGACGGUUGGUCUCCGUCGGCGAGCGGGCGGGCAUUUUGGAGUGGUGUGAAUCUCGGCAGUGCAUCCUGUGCUGACUGUGAGACCUGUUGUGUGAAUGAGACCACCCAGCACCAGCAUGCUUUCAGUGAAGGUCAAGACAGAGAAAUCAGAUCUCGAGGCUUCAACAGCCCGUAAUCGUUUAGAUGCCGUUCUACAGUGUCUGGUUGAGAAGAGUGACAUUGAGAGAGACCGGACUGAGGAUGAAUCUGUGAAAGCGGUACUGCCUGACCAACAGAGCAA